AACGGGUUGUCGAGAUAUCGCUGUUUAAACUUCCCGGUUCGCACAUGUCACACACAAGCUCAUUAGCGAUUAGCCUCAACACCCGGAUUUCCGCCUGGAUUAGCGUGACGUCAUAAGUGUGAAACAAUACAGAAAAUGCCUGCCGCGUAUUUCGAUUGCACAGACACCAGCUCGGAAGGAUAUUCUCCAAACGAAGAUGACAACUGCGAUUUGGAUAUGCAGUUUGAGAUAUCGGACUACGAACCAGACGAAGUCAACGGAAUCAAGCCUUAUCAGUUUGAACAUGAUUUUGAGACGGAUUCAGAACCUGCCUCCGAGAUUGACCAGGACGCGAACAACCAUCAUCAUUAUGAAAUGGACGACAGGGACGCCGACAGACUACAUUCACUGGAAUGGUGUGACUGUCGCUGCUGCACAAUACUGCCAACCAUAGCGGAGAACAGGUGUUGUGAGGAGUUGGUCAGAGUAAGAGAGACCAGAGAUGACCUCCCUCAACAAGUCCGCUGCAUUACAGAGCAUCCGGGAUUCAGGAGUGUAUGCCUGGACAUCUACGUUCUACUGAUGGCGUACUACCAGUACAGAGUACUGCAUGGGGAAAUUCCUGAAUCACCUGAGUAA